UUGCAGGGUUAUCAGAAAGUGUAUCGCAUUUCACCAGAUUUAGGAUAUUAUAUAGAAUGUCAAAAAGCAAUUUCACAAUACAUAUCAGAAUUAGCUACCAGAAAGACACCAAAUUGGAAUUCUAGCAGUGAUUCCAAUUGUCCAUUGAAACAUUUGCCAACAAAUUAUGAGGGAUAUUUAGCUUGUGAUUUUGUUCAAGGCAAAUGGUACCAGAUAUUGUUCAAGAGUGUAACUCGUUAUGAAGUGUAUCAUAAAAAGGUAUAUCGAACAUUUUGGUCGAAUCAUUCCAGUAUUUAUGUUAUUCGACCAAGUUUUCUCAUCAAAACAAAUUACACCGAGGUUAAUUGGUUGCAAAAGCUUAUCUCCCUAAAGGUCAGUUCAAUCUCAUUGUUGGUACAUUAUCGAAUCCGUAUUGAUAAUCAUCUAUAUUACAUGAUAAUGAUCUCAAACUGUACCAUACAUCAGUGGGUGACUCAAACAUUUACACUAAUUCCAUAUUAUGCAGUACACGAAGUUUGCUAUGAGACAGAUUGGCCAUCAUAUGAGCAUCGCUUGGAACAUUGUGUUCCAUUUCAAAUUGACAAUAAAUGCUUGCAAAAAAUUGGAGCAAAAUUGUUUGCAUGCAGCAAAAUUUACAUAUGUCUAUGGAUGAUCUCAUAUUUUACAUUUGAUACUAUAUUACAUACUUAG